GGCUGCUCGAGAUCCCUGCCGGUGUCUGCGUUGACAGUGGACCACGAUUUCUAUUAUCCAAGACGAAGUGUGACUGGGCCGUCUCGGUUGAAUACGACAAUUUGAUGCAGAAGAUGGGGCCUGUGAGCUUUGAGCUGCCGGCCGACAGUCCAGUGAGGCCUGUUGUCAUCAUUGCGCCGCCACUCGAAGGUGGGAGCCCGGGACGGAAGAAAAAAUCGUCAGAGUAUGUGUCGUGCCAACGGGAAGACGAGAGGCUGCGACGGGCGCUAGACCGCGUCUAUAAGAGACCUGAUGACGCCGCAACGACAGGCAGCGGCAAAAGAGCCCUGCCCACGGAAGGCAUGCACACACUCUUCUUCCAGGUAAUCAUAUGCGACCUUCCGUCUUCAGCCAUGCAUUUCUCUUCUUCUUGUGUGUCACCCAGGCUUUAUCGAGAAGAAUUGAGGCUGAGAUAUGCCGACUCUUUCACUACCGAGGGGCAGGUACACAAGUCUUGCCGCCAGCGCCACGAGAUAGAUUUGAGUGCUUUCCUUUCCCGGCUGUCUGCAACUACAGAGGCUCUCGACAUUGUCCAGUCGGUGCUGCCCAAGCACUACGAUGGCCUGCAUCAAUCGGUGAGGGGGCUUAUCAGAGACAAGCUGGCGCCGCAGAGGUCCCUCGUGAAGGCCGCAAAGAACGUUUUAGCGCCCAUCCGCCGAUACAUGGCUUGGAUGGAAGGAUGGCUCAGCAAGCUGACGGCUGCUGGAGGGGGAUUGCAAGAGGGGCAGCUGGGUCAAGAAAGGGGCUUUGAGAUGGAGCACACUCUUCACCUCACUGACCAACUCGACGAGCAACAAAAACAGGUAGCAUGCAGGUACUCAUAUGUGUGAUCUUGGCGAAAGGUCUUUUCUGUCGCCUUUCCAUCAGAUAACUUCUCUCGAAGAACGGUUGGUGGAGUACCAGCAGAUCCUCCACGUAAUGCUCGCAGAGGCACAGUGCUUGGUGUCCUGUCACACACCAGCCAUUGUUCUCUUUUCCCGUGUCUCACUUUGGCAGGAUUGUCGGCAUGCGUACUGGAAGCAGAUCUGCCUCCUUUCCUCCCUGCAACCCGCAGACCACAGCCCGAGCCCUCACCCAUUUGAGAAACAGCUCACCUUUCUUCAAGGCAACAACGCGCCGACCACACCUUUCACCAGCGCCGCGCUUCAAGCCACAUUCUCUCCUCGGAGUGAGCCGGCAACGAUGCGAGGCCUUCGGCCUAUAUCGGCGCCGGCGCCUGGCGUCUCUGCAGACGUCACUUUGUCCAUGCUGGAAACCGACACAUUAUGGCAGGACAUGGGAGCGGAGGCGAUGGAUGGGGAGAGAGUCCACGAUGUGCAGUUUUUCGACCCUGAGAAAUUUGUUGUGGAGGAUGACACACAAGUACGGAAAGGCUUUCCUUUACACAGACACCUUGCACAAUUGCGUGAUGACCCUUCUUUCACUCUCUCCCUGCGUGUGUCGAUCUGUCAGCCCAGUCGCGUCAAAGAGCUGGAAGAGACAGUUUCUCGCCUUGAGACGCAGCUGCAGACAGUCAAGCAGACGCUCGAGCGGACGAAGGACGAGAAGAAGUACAUAUCGGACAAGUGCGACUCGCUGAUGGACCUGCUUGCCACUCAAAAGAAGGAUGCAGAAAUUCGACAGAAGAAGAGCGUCCAAGUGUGGAUGGAGCGGGCACAGGUGGGCUCUGUCUCCACAAAGAGGGCAAUGACAGUCAGCGUGAAAGACUCUUUCCGUCCGUGUCUCUCAGAUGAUUGCUGAGGAUACUUACGCUUGGGAACUCAAAUGCAUACGGCUGACGGAGGAGCAGGAACGGAAAUCGCAAAAGGCACAGAGCCAAAUCAGGUAGGAGGCAAAGUGGUCAUAUCAUAUAUCGAAGUAAGUCGGUGCUUACUCUCAUUCUGGUUCUCAGAAAGCUAGAGGAGACAAUCGAAAACCUCCAGCAGGGCAAACAGGCCCUGGUUGAGCGGAUUGAUGACUUCACUGCGACGCUUUCGAGGUCAGAAGCAUGCAGAUGUGUCGACACGUCCAGUGAUGCUUAGUGAUGCUUGCUGUCUCUGUUCUCAGGCGGAAUGCGCUGAUAUCUGAUAUGCGCGCCAAUGUCCGGCGACUGGCCAAGCGGGUCCUCGUGGGUGCCCGCUAUCUCGAUGAAAACGAAUGGGUCAGAGAACACCUAGCGCCUGAAGACAUACAGCGUGAGUAAAUUAGCAGCAGCUGUCAAUGCAUCGCAGAAUGUCGCUUUUGUGUGUCCAGUGGCGGAUAGGUCAAGUGGCGGUGAAGAUGUCAGGGCCCACAUACGGCAGCUAGAACGGGAGAAUGAAGACUUGAGGCAGCAGCUGGAAGCGGCUGAGGUGUGCGAGAAAAAAAACGUGGUCUACGUGAGUGCUCGAUUGUCGAUGUCUCCCGAUCUUGCAGGCGGCAAUUCGCAAGUCUGGCAGAGCUCUGAUGGGUAGACCUUCAACAGUGGCCAACAAAGGCAGCCAGACGAUGGCCCUCCCUGCACCGCCACCAUCCAUCGAGGAGGCCAUCUCUCUGCAGAUCGUCCAGCAGAUAGCCGAACCCAUAGAGGCAGUUGAAGAGUCCUCGGAGGCGGAGGAGACUGCUGCUGAUUUGCCGGAAACGACCGUGGCGCAUCAAGAUGAAGAGACGCAAACAGAGGGGAAGGCAAAGGAAGUCGAGGAGAUACACGAGACACAGGUACGCGGCAAUGACCGCUUCACAUCUGGCCAUUCUCUGCAUGAAUUCGUGAUUGGAUAGGAGCGCGGUAUUGAAACGGAGGAUCUGCUUCUGCCAGAAACACCACCUCGAGAACCCGAGACCAUCAUUCUGCGGAAACUGCCCAGCAACGUCACUGAGAUAUCCGAUGGGCAAGUGACUCAGCUGUUGGGCCUUUGCGAUGGCCUGCUGCGGACCGAAAGAACGGCCCCUCGAAUCCACCAAUGGGUGCAGCAGUUCUUUCCUGUCGAAUCAGAAAUACCGGCACCUGCAGCGGCCAAGGAAGAAGAAGAGGAGAAGCCGACCGUCGAGCCCGUGUUGCCCAAGCAGCCCUCAUUCCCGCCCGUGGCGCCUGCACCUUCUUCCCUGCCGGAAUUGGCCGAGCGAUCGUGUCAAACGGACCCCAUAGAUGAGAAGAAAACGCCUCGAUAUAGCCCUCGAGUGGAGCCUCAGCCUCCGUCUCGUGGGCCGUCGGAGAAGCUCGCUGUUCCACCACUGAGCCAGAGUAUGGAUGAGAGGCUGAAGUUGCGGAGCAUCCUGGUCAUGAUGAAGGGUGUUGCACGAGCCGUUCACGAGUCCAAGAGGGCCUCUGUGGCUCUGUCGGACGACGCUGUGCGGAGACGGGCUCCAUCUAUCGCAGACCUUGUGACUGCGGCGCUCUAUAGAUCGAGACAUGGAUCAAUACCUGAGGCACGGUCGCGAUGGGACAUGGUGAAAGCAUCGAUGCUGUCUCCAUAUUACCGCUUCCCCACACCUGAGGGAGGCUCAUUCUCAUUCUCUUCAGCCUCAGCAUCGUCUAGCAGCGCCACUCCCGGCGAGAAGGCUUCAGCCAAGGCCUCUCCGAGGGUGGACAUGUCUGCUAUUGAGAAGGUCCGAGCUGAGAUAACGACGGAAGACAUCGCCAAAGCACAGGCCGAAGAGGAGGGAAAGAGCGGAGCAUCAGGAUGUGAGGCCAGCUCCAGCUCUGCCUGGGAAGGGCUUAGGAAGCGCCGUAAACAAAGGGUGCCGACUGUCAAGAAGGUGUCGGCAGCCCUUGGCGUGCUGGGCUUCAAGACUGAAGAGCCAGGCCCGGACGACGACCAAGACGAGAAGGAUGAGGUGGAUCUACCAGGGGCAAAGCCACUCCAACGCUCAAGCGUCCCGAGGUUGGAGAUUAUCAGUGAUGACGCAGCCGGACUGACAGCCGCAGGGCCACCGCUUGGUGAAGAGGAUCUGAGAAUUGAGGAUCUGGAUGCUGUUAUGGAGUACACUACGUUGAUUGACGAAGUCUCGCAUCUCAGGUAGUCGAGCACUAGCUUUCGCCCUUACAACUGUUUGUCUGCCUCAUCGGUGUCAUCCACUUCUUUGGAUGCACACAGGGUGAAAGCUAUGGCACACGAGGACCUCUGUAGCCAUCUGGCUCGUACUGAGUCGCAGCAAGCCACGACAGAAGAGCAGACUCCCUCGAUCGCUGGACCGUCAGAAGCAGUGGAGGAGGCCAGGGGAGCCCCGGGGCGGACGGCGGACGCCCUUAAAAUGGCAGAAUUAAGACGCCAGAACCAGCAACUCCUCAUGAGAGUGAGCCAAGAUUAAACAUGUCUGUUUGCAAAAGAUGUGUCUUGCGCUUUUCUUUAGUGUCUGUGGUUGACCGAGAAGCUCGUUCAGCUAAAGCCGAGACACCUGGAUCUCAGUACCAAAACAUGGACUUCCCCGUCCGCAGCACCACCACGUCUCGCAGUCUCGGAAGCUCCUCAGAUGACCACAUCAAUCACUGCUUCCACCAUUCCACUGGUCUCACAGGAGGGCGCCGCAAAGCCGGUGCGCUUCCAUGAGACGCAAAGGGUCGCUGGUCGGCAGGCAGAGGAGAGACGGUCGGUCAGCACACUGCAGCCUGACGAGACGCCCCAGACCGCUUCUCGGCGCAGAUCAUCCCGAUUUGACAAGCAGGGCAGGUCCUGUCCUCUGCUCGCCUUGUUCUCGGAGUCACUGGCGAAGAGGGCUCAGGCUGAGUCUGGCGGCACAGAGGCUGAGGACAGUAAAGAACUGCAGUCGCUGUGGAAAGACACCCUGAAAUCCCUGUCUCUUCUGGAGCCCUCACUAUUGCCUGAGGAAGCACGUGAGGAACGACCGAAAACUGAGCAGCCCGGGAGAAUGCGCGUCACGAUUCACAACACCCCUUUCGGUGAUCUGUCGAGGGAAGAGCACAGCCAGUGGCUCACCCCAUCCGAGGCCACGCCUUUCAUCGACAGCAGCCUGAAGUACUCGAGCUCACAUCUCCCCCUCAGCCCCACUGUCCCUCGUCGCGUCUCAACGACGGCUCCUGCACGACAGCGACCCAUGCAGACAUCAGAGACGCGGCAGAGGCAGGAGAAGCCUGCUGCUGCUGCUGCAGAACCUGCUGGGGCCUACGAGCGAUUCCCACCUUCACUUGUUAUAAUUCCCCAGCCUGGCAGGGAAGGCAGUCGGCCGCAAUCAGCAAAAGCGGCCACAGAUACUUCUGUUCUACAGCUGGUCGUGGGCGAGGCUGGCCGCACGUGCGACGAAGAAGAGAGAACGGCAAGCCCCGAAGGAGGAUCAAGUGCAAUCGCAGCGUCUGCUUCCGCCCAAUCGUCGAGGCCCAGCAGUCCCGCAUUCCAUGCCACCAAGCUGCGGAAGAAGUCAGAACCCCAGGAUACCGAUGAUGAGCUGCUAUUCUUGUCUCAAGUCGAGUCGGCUGUGUCUCCAAGGGACCGCAAGCGUGGCAGCUCGAAGAGCCUCUCCAGCGCCGUUGCAUCGCCUGAAAGCCGUGGGAAGACCGGCUCCACUGUGCUUCGUCCUUCGUUCGCUCUGUCUGCUGAUGAGGCGAUGCACUCAGACGAGCCGCUUUCGUCCUGCUGGCACAUGCAGCCACCCCCUCCGCUACCAAGCCUCGCCGAGAGACCUGCUGACGCCUCACCAACCAGAGCCAAGACCGCCUCCACGUCACCACCAUCUCGCGGGCGGCACGCAAGCAUGGCGUCGGCAUCCUCAGGCGAGGAACUGCCCCCAAUCCAUCAACAGUCAAGGCCAGACGUCAGCCAGCGCAGCCAGCGAAGAGCACAGUACGAGACGAUCAGAGACGCAGUGGUUGGUGGGGUUGAGGGAAGGAGCCAAGAGCAGGGGCAGUCAGUGGUGAUGAGUGGGCUGUCUCUGCAUGAAGGGAUAGCAGCCAGCAGGGGCAGGGGUAGAGCAGAGGAGCGGGGGAGAGAGGUCAGGCAAGGGGCGGGGGCCACGCAGGAGUAUCCCGAGAAGAGGCAGACCAGGACAAUGCGAGUCUCUGCUUUGCAAGAACAAGCACUGCAGCGGUUCACACGGCCCACGCCGCCUCGGCAGCUGCUACGUACUGGACUGUGAGUUGUGCCGUGUUUCGUACCGCCAUUGUAAGAGACAAUUUUGCUUUCCGUUUCACGACAAUUUGGUGAUCACACAGUGCGUUGUCUGGCACUGGCAUCUCCUUUUG